AUGGGGCUCUUCAGUGUUCCUGAACUCAACACUCGGCUGGGCACUUGGCGGGCCUACCAUUUGGCAGCGAUCGUCUUCAUAUCAUCUUUCCUCUCGGCUUAUGACUCGGGAGUUGCAGGUGGAAUCCUAAGCUACAAGUCCUUUCAAAAUGACUUUGGCUACACCACCAAGCACCAGUCCAAGGUCUCGUCGCUUACAGUGGGCUUGGAGCAACUAGGAUCGUUCAUCGCCGCGCUCUUCGUGUAUCCAUUAACCAACAGAUAUGGGCGCAAAAUCACCAUUAUUGGCUCGACGGCCCUCUUCGUCAUCGGUGUGAUUAUCCAGGUCAUCAACACUCACUCACUGGCGGCUUGGUACAUUGGCCGCGUGGUGGCCGGUCUAGGUAUGGGUGGGCAGAGUGUUGUGAUUCCAAUGUACUCGGCAGAGAUGACACCCAAGGAGAUUCGCGGUCGCUGUGGUUCAUUCUAUCAGUGGCUCUACACAUGGGGAGUUUUCACUGCAUAUUGGGUUGACUAUGGCGUUGCCAAAAGCACAUCGAUUUCGGGCACAUCUCGUGAAUGGCAAAUUCCUGUGGGCCUUCAACUGAUCUCUGGAGGUAUUCUCUUCAUUGGCACUUUCACCUUGCCAGAGUCUAUUCGCUGGCUCCUGUCGCAAAACCGUACAGAUGACGCCUGGAAGUCUAUCGUUUGGAUCCGAGGUGGUGAUACGCCGAAGACCCGUGAGGAAUUCGCAGAGACUCAGUUGGGUCUUCAAGCUGAGCGGGCUGAGCGCGAGGGCUUCUCUCUCCGUGAGCUGCUUGAACCAGCCAAUCGUCUGCGAUGCCUUGUUGGGCCUCUACUGUUCAUCUUCCAGAAUGCGACUGGUAGCAGUGCUUUGGCAGUCUUUGCGCCACAGUACUUCAAGUUGAUCGCUGGUAGCGGGACAGACCGCAACAUGCUGCUGACCGGUCUGUUUGGUGCCGUCAAGGUCAUCUCAUGCACUUUCUUCAUCGUGUUCCUAGCAGAACGACUCGGUCGCCGCAUGACGUUAGUGAGUGGCUCGGCUUUGAUGUCUGCUUGCAUGUUGAUUACUGCCUUGAUCGUCGACUACGUCCCAACACAAUCUGCAACCAGUGUCACGGCAGCUGGAAGGGCGACAGUAGCUAUGAUUUACCUCGAUAUCAUGAUCUACAACUGCUCAUGGGGCCCUCUACCGUGGGCCUACGUUCCCGAGAUCUUCCCCACACGCAUUCGUGCCCUUGGUCUGGCAGUCAGUAUGUUAGCUCACUGGGCUUCAUCGUUCUGCUUCUCCUUCGCGAGUCCCUACAUGAUUUCUAACGUCGGUGCCAACACAUUCCUCAUUUUUAUGGGCUUUGACGCCGUCGCUGCUGUUUUCUGCUGGUUCUUUGUUAAGGAGACUCGUGGAAAGAACCUCGAGGUUGCUGCCGGUACGGAAUGGGAGGCGGCUGAGCGUAGCUCCUCUGAUGAUGGCGAGAAGGGUGGAGUGCUCAAUGCGGAUGGAAAGAGAGUCCAGCUCAUUAGUGUGCAUGAGAAUUUCCAUGCUAACAUCAAGCACCGGUCUUCGUGA